AAAGGCAGCCUGCAAACAGGCACUUCACCAUCCCCUCUCCUCCUCACCUGUACAAGCUAAACCUCUGCAGGGACAUCAUGUCUUGCUCAACUCGCGUGUCCUCCUCCAGGGCCAGAGGCAGCAGCUCCGUCAGGGUGUCUGCCGGUGGCAGCAGCUUCAGCAGCGGGAGCCGAUGCGGUCUGGGGGCAGGCUCUGCCCGGGGCUUCCGAGGAGGAGCCGGCAGCUGUGGCCUCAGUGGGGGCUCCAGCUCGGGCUUCGGAGGCAGCUUUGGAGGGGGUUUUGGUAGCUGCUCCUUGGCAGGCGGUUUUGGAGGAGCUUCAGGCUCUGUGGCUGGCUAUGGUGGAGGUUCUGGCUUUGGCGGGGGCUCUGGCUUUGGCGGGGGCUCUGGCUUUGGUGGGGGUUCUGGAUUCGGCGGGGGUGCCAGUGGAGGCUUCUAUAGCUACGGUGGUGGUUUGGGUGGUGGUGUUGGCGAUGGGGGGCUCUUCUCUGGAGGUGAAAAGCAAACCAUGCAGAACCUCAAUGACCGCCUGGCCAAUUACCUAGACAAGGUCAGGGCCCUGGAGGAGGCCAACGCUGACCUGGAGCAUAAAAUCAAGGAGUGGUAUGACAAAUUUGGACCUGGGUCUAGAGAUGUUGGAUCAGGAAGAGAUUACAGCAAAUACUAUCCAAUCAUUGACGAUCUCAGGAAACAGAUCACUGCUGCCACUAUUGAAAAUGCUGGGAUCGUCCUGCAAAUUGACAAUGCCAGAUUGGCUGCUGAUGACUUCAGACUGAAGUACGAGAAUGAGCUGUAUCUCCGGCAGAGCGUGGAAGCCGACAUCAACGGCCUGCGGAAAGUCCUGGACGACUUGACCAUGACUCGCUCGGACCUCGAGAUGCAGAUGGAGAACCUGGUGGAGGAGCUGACCUACCUGAAGAAGAACCACGAGGAGGAAAUGAAGAGUAUGCAAGGAAGCUCCGGAGGAGACGUGACAGUGGAAAUGAACGCUGCCCCAGGAACAGAUCUGACUAAGUUACUGAAUGACAUGAGGGCACAGUACGAGGAGCUGGCUGAGCAGAACCGCCGCGAGGCUGAGGAGCAGUUCAAGAAGCAGAGUGCCUCCCUGCAAGCACAGAUCUCUACUGACGCUGGGGCAGCCAGUUCCGCCAAGAAUGAGAUAACAGAACUGAAACGCACCCUACAGGCCCUGGAAAUUGAGCUGCAGUCCCAACUGGUCAUGAAAAGCUCCUUGGAGGGGACCUUGGCUGACACAGAAGCUGGCUAUAUGGCGCAGCUGUCACAAAUCCAGAUUCAGAUCAGCAGCCUGGAGGAGCAGAUCUGCCAGAUCCGGGGCGAGACCGAAUGCCAGAACGCUGAAUAUGAGCAACUGCUGGACAUCAAGACCCGCCUGGAGAUGGAGAUUGAGACCUACCGCCGCCUGCUCGAUGGAGAAGGAGGUGGUUCUGGUUUUGGAGGAUGUGAUUUUAGAAACUCAGGAUCCAGAAACAUAGGAUCCAGGGAUUCAUCCGUGUCUGGUGACUCAAGAUCUGGAAGCUGUUCUGUCCAAGGAAGAGAUCCAAGCAAGUCAAGAGUGACUAAGACCAUCGUGGAGGAGGUGGUGGAUGGCAAAGUCGUCUCAUCUCAAGUCAGCAAUAUUUCUGAGGUUAAACUUAAAUAAGCAAGUUUCCAGAUCAACAAGAGUGUCUUUCAGAGGAAAAAAAAAAUCUAAAGGACACAGAUAAAGAAAUUGCAUCAAUCUGCCAUCUUUCUGGACAACUUCAGGAGAAAGUUUCAUCCAGAAAUAGAUGACCAACUAAUUUUUCUGCAUCCUCUCCUUUUCUUACUAGAAUGCUCUUGAAAAAGUUGACAGCUUGGCUCUGUUUCUAAUGCUUCAAUAAACUUACUUUUGCAAGUUAA